AUGCCGUCGGAAUCUAAGCCUUUGUUGACAGCCCAAACAGAAAAACCAAAUCAUUAUAAAUAUCUAAAGGAAUUCAGAGUAGAGCAGUGCCCGUCAUUUCUACAACAUAAAUGUACACAACAUAGACCCUUCACAUGUUUUCACUGGCAUUUUAAUAAUCAGAGAAGAAGACGGCCAGUACGUAAAAGAGAUGGAUCGUUUAAUUAUAGCGCCGAUAACUAUUGUACCAAAUAUAACGAGACAUCGGGAAUCUGCGAAGAUGGUGACGAAUGUCCGUACUUGCAUCGAACAGCAGGGGACACAGAACGUAGAUAUCACCUACGUUACUACAAAACAUGUAUGUGCGUACAUGAUACUGACACUAGGGGUCUCUGUACUAAGAAUGGUGCGCACUGUGCAUUCGCACACGGAGCCCCAGACCUCCGACCUCCAGUAUUAGACAUGAGGGAGCUCCAAGCUUUGGAAAAUCCCGACGGCUUAGACGGAGAUGCUGCUGCACCGAAUGCAUUAGAUAGAGAAAGAAAUCUAAUGAAUGAAGAUCCAAAAUGGCAAGAUACAAAUUAUGUACUAUCUUCAUAUAAAACGGAACCUUGUAAGAGACCUCCUAGAUUAUGUAGACAGGGUUAUGCAUGCCCUCAAUAUCACAAUAGUAAGGAUAAGCGUAGAUCACCAAGAAAAUAUAAAUAUCGUAGCACACCAUGCCCAAAUGUGAAACAUGGUGAGGAAUGGGGCGAGCCUAGCAAUUGUGAAGCGGGUGAUGCUUGUGGGUACUGUCAUACACGCACUGAACAACAGUUCCAUCCUGAAAUAUACAAAUCAACAAAAUGCAAUGACGUACAACAAGCUGGCUACUGUCCUAGGGGAUUAUUUUGUGCAUUUGCACAUGUUGAACCUGAAGACCUGGGUGGAGCUCGCGAUCUAACAGCUCCUUUAGAUUGUGGAACAAAUCUGGCGGAUCUUUUAUCAUCCGCGUUGCCGUCAGAUAAGAAGAACGAUGUAGGAGUCCUCGGUGGGUUAAGACCUCACUCGCCUGUGACCGCACAUGUUAACGGCUCGGGGGAUGGUUCAGAAUGUGCGUCUACAUCAUCAGGCGGGUCCAGCGCCGGCCGGGCUCCUGUUCGUACACUUCUGCCCAUGGCGUCGUCGCUAGUAGACCACGAUAAACCGCAGCCGUCAUGGCCGCCGCGGGCUGCUUUCGAACCAAAUCCAACAGUUUUUGAAGUAGUCGGUAACGCUCUGGACGACCUACAUCUCGAUGAUCCUCUGAACUUCGCUGCGUCCCUCGAUCGCGACUUGUCUGACGGUGAAGGGCUGCUCGUGGGCUCGGCGCCAGUGAACAUCCCUCAGCCGCGGCCCGCUCUCCGCGGGUUCAGUCCGCCGCCGACCAGCUCGCCUCUGCCGCCGUUCCUGCGCUACGCAACCAAUGACACCGAGCGUCUGUUCAAUUCGCACGCAAUAAAAGCUGGUAGUUUCGGUGCAGGCGGCGCGGGGCCGUUCGAAUUUGGUGCGACCUCUCCAUCAGCGCCGGGCGAGCUGUCCCGGCUGAGGGAGGAAGUGGCUACUUCACGUGCCGCAGCCGCGAGGUGGGACGAACGUAUAGCGCAGGCACGUUCAGCGUGCGAGGCCUGGCAGCGGGACUCGGAGGAGGCUAAACGUAAAGCGGUCAUAGCGGAGCGACAGCGUGAUGAAGCCCUGGCCCACGCGUUGGCCCUCAAGCGUGAACUUGAAGCGGCGCGUGCUCCGCGACGAGAACUGCGUGGGAUGCCGCUGACAGCUCUUAAAUCGCUUCAGGCGCAAGCUAGGAGCGAGCUGGAGGAGAUAGAGAAGGUUCUGUACCUAGAGACUGCCACCAAAUGUAUGGUCUGCGAGGAACAGCCGCGCAGCGUGACUCUGGCGCCCUGCAAUCAUUAUGUUCUGUGUGAUGGUUGUGCAGCCACCGCUAAGGAAUGCCCCUACUGUCAGAUGCCGCUCCAACAGCACCAUCAGUGA